UAUAGUUAACAUCAACCUUCCUCAACGCACGCAGCUAUACUCCCACACCAAUCUGUGUGUGUAUGUAUAUAUACAUAUAUAUAUGUACUCGCCAGCCUAUGCAUACAAGUAAUUUUUCUAUAAAUAUAGACAUCACUGUUACGAACAAGCACACACCUGCGCGCACAAAGAAACAGAUAGAAAGAGAUAGAUAAGAGAGAGAGAGGAGAGUGGAGGAAAUUCUGCGCAUUUGCUUUAAUGGAGUUGAAGUAAGCGUAAAUAAAGAGGCGGUGACGGUGGCGUUGGCGGAUCUUAAACCCUAGCGGAAACGAAAUUGCUCGCCAUUUUCGGCUGUUGAAACGGUUUUUUUACAGCACCGAAUUCUCUAGAUCUUUGGAUUUUGGUGAAAUUGUUGACGGCGUUGAAGUUAGUUAUAGUUUCUGUCGCCGGCGGAAUUCGAUAGAGCUGAGCAUUUGUUAAAAGAGGCACAGAUUUGCGGUGACGAUGAGUUUUUUUGUGGUGAAUUUUUUUCUUUGAGGAGAAAUGGUGAUGGAUGAUAGAGGAGGAGGAUCGUUUGUAGCUGUGAGGAGGAUUUCUCAAGGCCUUGAGCGAGGCAGCAACAACACUUGCCAUUCUGCGGAGGUUGUCGCAGGAUCUGCAGCAUGGCUUGGAAGAGGUCUUUCUUGUGUUUGUGCUCAGAGAAGAGAAAGUGAUGCUCGCCCAUCAUUUGAUCUGACACCUGCUCAGGAGGAAUGCUUGCAAAGGCUGCAGAACCGUAUAGAUGUUCCAUAUGACAGCUCAAAUGUUGAGCAUCAGGAAGCUUUACGUGCUUUGUGGUAUGCUGCCUUUCCAGGGGAACAACUGCAUGGUUUAAUAUCUGAACAGUGGAAGGAAAUGGGUUGGCAAGGAAAAGAUCCAUCCACAGACUUUAGAGGUGGUGGAUUCAUAUCCCUAGAGAACUUGUUGUACUUCGCCAGGAACUUCCCUAAAUCCUUCCAGGAUCUUCUUUGCAAGCAAGAAGGUGACCGGGCUAUGUGGGAGUACCCGUUUGCUGUUGCUGGAGUGAACAUCACAUUCAUGCUGAUUCAGAUGUUGGAUCUUGAAGCAGUGAAACCACGAAAUUUUGUAGGAGCAACCUUCUUGAAGUUUCUUGCAGAGAAUGAAUCAGCAUUUGACCUCCUAUAUUGCAUCACAUUCAAGCUGAUGGACAAUCAAUGGCUUGCCAUGCAUGCAUCUUACAUGGACUUCAAUACUGUGAUGAAAGCCACUCGUCGCCAGCUUGAAAAUGAGCUUUUGCAGGAAGACAUAACUCGUCUUGAAGACUUACCCUCGUACAGACUUCUUAAUCGUUAGUGGUAGUAUCUGUAACUUUCUGGGAAGAAAUGGUUAUAAAAAUGGCUACCGUGCAAAAAUGUUCGCAAUCCAUUGGUUAUGGUUGCAGCAUUCACAGGUUCUCCAUUUUUUAGUUUGUGGCUUAGAUUGUCUCUGUCCGUGAUACAUUUUUCUCCAGGAUUACAGCAUUCUUGGAGUUGCAUAGUUGCUAAUACGGUUUUAUUUUGGGGGAAAGUACAAAAGAGAUCGGGAUUCAGAUCCAUGCUUCAGGUGUGGAUUGAGUAACUAGAGCAACCAUGUUGAAGUUUCAGACGCACAAGUAUUGCAUACUCUCAGAUGUCUUUUCCAGCUUUCCCUAUUGUCUGCAAGUACAUAAGAGCUGUAUUUGUUUUCUCGAUUCUGUAAACAUGCCUCUGUAUUAACAAUGUAGUGGUAGCCAGCGUGAAAAACCUGCAACUCCUGUUUUCGCUUAGUCCUCGUUCUCUUGGAGAUCAAUGAAAUUUGGAGCAUAUUCAUGUUA